AUGUCAGAAAAGCUAGCUGGUUAUCCAAACAAGUUAUUGUGUCCAUGCAAAGUUUGUCGAAACUUAAGUCACCAAUGUAUUAACAUUUUGUAUGAACACUUAGUCAUUUAUGGGAUUGAUCCAACAUACAAAAUCUGGUUUCAUCAUGGGGAAGAAUUAUCAAGAGAUGAUGAUGUAGAGACAAUGGAAACAUUUGAUUCUUACAACUUGUUUAGGGCUACAAAUAUUGAUGGUUGUGAUUUUGAAAGUCAUCUAGAAGGUCAUGAUGACACUUUUAUGGAAAAAAUAGAAGAUGCAGACACUCCAUUAUAUCCACAAUGCACUAAAUAUACUAAGUUAUCGUCAAUUGUUGCAUUGUAUAAGGUUAAAACUACCAAUGGAUGGUCCGACAAAACUUUUGAUGAAUUGUUAAGACUUUUGAAUGAUAUAAAAGAUAAAGAAAACUUGCAAGAAUGUCCAACAUGUGGAACCUCACGUUGGAUGUCAGAUAAGCUUACUAAAAAGGUUCGACAUGGUGUCCCAGCAAAAGUUUUGAGGUACUUUCCUAUAAUCCCUAGGUUGAAACGGAUGUUCAUGUCUAAAAGAAUUUCAAAGGAAUUAAGAUGGCAUCACAACAAUAAAAGUUGCGAUGGAAAAAUGCGUCACCCAGUGGAUUCAGCAGCAUGGGAGCUAGUCAAUGAUAAAUGGCCAUCAUUUUCAAAUGAAGAGAGAAAUAUUAGACUUGGCCUUUCCACAGAUGGAUUUAACCCAUUUAGACCUAAACAGCUUGGGAAUGAUAUUGAUAUAUACUUAGAACCCCUCGUAGAGGACUUGAAAUUAUUAUGGAAUGAGGGUGUUGAUGCUCAUGAUGCAUUGGACAACACAAAUUUCAAGUUGCGGGCUAUUUUGAUGUGGACAAUCCAAGAUUUUCCAGCAUACGGGAACCUUGCUGAGAAAAAUGUUUGUGAAAGCAUCUGUAAUACAUUGCUAGAUGUUGCUGGAAAAAGUAAAGAUGGACUAAAAGCUCGCUUGGAUUUGCAACAUAUGGGUAUUAGGAGUGCAUUACACCCACAAGAGAAGGGGACUAGAACCUAUCUUCCUGCAGCUUUACACACACUAUCAAAGCUUGAGAAAGAAUUAUUUUGUAAAAGGUUGUUCUCAUUGAAAGUACCUGAUGGAUAUAGUUCAAAUAUUCGAAAUUGUGUUUCAAUGGAACAAUGCAAGCUCAUGGGCCUUAAGUCACACGAUUGCCACAUUUUGAUGCAACAAUUACUACCGGUGGCUAUAAAAGGAUUGAUGCCAUUGGGUCCAAGAGAUGCUAUAAUAAGAUUAUGCACGUUCUUUAAUCGAAUAUGUCAAUGUGUUCUUGAUAGAGAAAGCAUAAUGACAUUAGAAAAUGAUGUUAUUGAAACUUUAUGCUUACUAGAGAGAUUCUUUCCACCAUCAUUUUUUGAUGUUAUGAUUCACUUAGUGGUUCAUAUCGGACGAGAAGCACGACUAUUUUAUGUGAACAUUCUAUUAAUGAUGAGCAAUUGUGUGAUUAAUAGACGCAUGAAGAUAUUGAAAGAUUAUGUCAGAAAUCGAGCAAGGCCUGAAGGUUGUAUUGCAGAGUGUUAUCUUGCAGAUGAGUGUGUGAGCGUUUGUAAUGAAUUCACUGACCAUUCAAUUGAACUAAACACAAAAGAAGGUCGAAAUGAAGAGUGGUCAAAUGAUGUGAUACUUGAAGGUCGUCCAAUUUCUAGGAGGAAAGAAAUUAUAUUGACAGAUGAGUUGUUAGAAAUUGCACAUCGAUACAUUUUGUUAAAUACAUCUGUUGUGGAGCCUUUUCUAGAGUAA